CUGAUCUUGCAUCUUGCUGGGUAGUUAUGACCCUUGUUCGAGAUGCCAUCCACGCUCAUCUUGGGCGCUUCACGCUGAUAAGCAUCUGCAGCAGGUCUUGGCUUCGAUGCUAAGCCAAACACAGAAACGGUCUUCUCCACCAGCGCCAUGUGGUAAUUGCUCCAUACUCCUCGGAUGCCUCGGUCGCCUUCCGGGCCGUCGGCCACUUGGCCACCCGGAGAUAGUGGUCGCUGAUAAAUCACCCAUUUUUUUUAGGGCCUCAGGUCAAUAUUUCCUCUUCUGUCCCUGUUGUCCCGAAGCAAUAAUCAAAGAUGACGCCCUUGAACGAGCCCGUGAAACUCCCCUGCGGAUUGGUCUUUCCCAACCGCCUUGUCAAGGCGGCGAUGGCCGAGUCCCUGGCAGGGUCGGGGAAUGCCCCAACGCCCACGUUUCUGGAGGCAUACAACCAAUGGGGCCAAGGAGGUUGGGGUGGUCUUCUCACAGGAAAUGUGCAAGUGGACGUGGAUCAUCUGGGAACCCCUCUAGACGCUGCCAUGCACGGUGAAUACUCAGGCAAGGAGAAUAACGAAGCCUUGGUUGGACUCUGGAGUCAAUAUGCCACCGCCUGUCAGCGGCAUGGAACCCCGUCUAUCGUGCAGCUCUGCCAUCCCGGCCGCCAGUCUCUCCGGGUUGCUGGUCGUAGAGGUGUCUUCGCUCCGACAAUUGCACCUAGCGCCAUUCCCCUGCAGCUGGGAGACAGUAUGGUGCAGCGGCUGCUCAGCUGGCUCGUCUUCCCUCCGCCCCGGGAGAUGACCCAGGGUGAUAUCGAGAAAGUCACUCGUCAGUUCGUUGACGCGUCCCGUCUGAUGGCCGACAGCGGGUUCUCGGGAGUUGAGCUGCACGGUGCGCAUGGCUACCUGCUCGAUCAAUUUCUCAACCCUAAGUCAAACAAACGGACAGAUGCGUACGGCGGCUCUGCAGAAAACAGAGCCAAGUUCGUGGUUGACAUCAUCCACGCGAUCCGAAAGGUCGUGCCUGAAACAUUUGCUAUCGGAAUCAAGCUCAACUCUGCCGACCACAGCUCCGACUCCUUCGAAGACACCAUGACCCAGAUCGGACUUCUCAUGGAAGCGGGAAUCGACUUCCUCGAAGUCAGCGGCGGCAGCUACGAGAACCCGACAAUGAUGGGACCCGAGAAGAGCGCGCGCACCGUCGCUCGCGAGGCCUUCUUCAUCGAGUUUGCCACCGAAGCCCGCAAGCGAUUCCCGGGCCUCGUGCUCAUGCUGUCUGGCGGAUUCCGGACGCGCGCUGGCGCCGAGUCAGCCAUUAAGCAGAAUGCGUGCGACAUCAUCGGCAUUGGGCGUCCGGCUGCCGUUAAUCCCAAACUGCCUCUGGUGUUUCUGGACGAGAAGGUGUCGGAUGAGGAGGCUCAGAUGGUGUUGAACCGGGUGCCGGUGCCGUCCUUCUUGCGGCUUAUCCCGUUGAAUGUCGGUGCUGGUUUGGAAACGAAAUACUAUGCCGACCAGAUUAAGAGAUUCGCUAUGGGUCUGAAGACAUUUGUUCCCGGGAUCUGAGAAGAAAGGGACAUGCACAUAUUGGUAAAUAGCGUCGUCGCUUGAAUCGGUGCCAUUGUCAUCUAGACAUUUGCCUGUUGUACCUACCUACAUUGACUUCUAUGCUGUAUAUGACAAUAUUUUCAGAGAUUCGAGGAGAAGUUAAUAUGGGAACUGAGAG